AUGGGCGACACGGAGGUAGACUUCUGGACGCCGACGAUAGAGGCUUUUGCACCACUGCAGCUCGACGGCCCCGAGCUCACGCCGAAGCUCCUUAAACGGCCACCGUUUCGUUUCAUUGCUGAUAUUGUGACGUCCAUCAAUACCCGCUUCGCCGCAUACGACCAUAUUUUUCGUCCUGAGCAGCUGGACCCUGCCAACAUUGAUAACAAAGAAAAGAAGACUGAGUAUCUUACAACGCUAGUAAAGUACGUUGGUUCCCUCCUUGGGAUUAAGAUCGACGUGAAUGUGAAGAAGAUUCUCUCGGGUAGUGAGCCAGAAAAGACCAACGUUUUCCUCCAGUACUUGGCAAUGGCAGUGGGAUACGCACAACAGGACAAGGCUAAGAGAACCCAGGAGCUGAAGCAGCAGGAGCAGCAGCAACAACAACAACAAGAACAACAACAGCAGGGAACAGCGACUACAGUACCGCCAAUGACUUCGUCGACAACUAUGGAUGCCCCGCGCCAGAAGUCCAUGCCGAGGCGGAUCUCCAACCCAUCAGAGAGGGCGGCAAAAAAAGUGGAAGUUCUGCGUGAGGCGAGCGAGUUUUACAAUAAGAUCAACAGCUACGGCCUCCUCAAACUGGACCAGCCUCAGUCGGUGAAGGAGGUUGGUCAGAGCAUUGUAGAUAUGUUCAGGGGGCUUCAACAGGAGAAGAUGGACAUACAACCAACAUCGUUGCCAGUGGAUGCACUUGAAACGGCUAUCAAAAGGCAGAUAGAGUCUAUUCAGCAGGUCUCUACCUUAGAAGAGGAAAACAAUACGGUAAUAGAAAAGCUUGAGGUGUUGCUUACCUCUUGA